AAUUUUUUUUUUCAUUUUUUUUUGUUGCUUUAUGGUGUAGCUUGUGCCAUCUAUCGAAUAAUGAUAUCGAUUCAUUGAGACUCAUUCUUUGUUCCAACAGCUGAUCCAUUAUUGAAUUAUUAUUAUGCAAAUUAUAAAUCGUUUAUUCGUCAUUCCAUUAUCAUUAAAAAUUGGUUUAAAUUUAGCAUUAAUCACACAACAACAAUCACAUCGAACAAUGGCUAGUUUUCAAUCAACUAAAGAUAAAUUUCUUUCCAUGGAUAUAAAUGAAAAACGUAAACAUUAUAAAUGUGGUGAUAAUUAUGUACGAUUAGAUCAGAUACCACGAUGGUCUGAACAAUCAAAACAAUAUCAAACAAAAGAACAAACAAUAAAUGUAUGCAGUAAAUAUAAACCAAAUGCCGAAAUGAAUGAUCGUUUAUCAUUGUUUAAUGGUGAUAUAACAACAUUGGAAAUUGAUGCCAUUGUUAAUGCAGCCAAUGAACAAUUAGCUGGUGGUGGUGGAGUUGAUGGUUUCAUACAUCGUGCUGCCGGAUAUGAGGAUUUACAGGCUGAAUGUCGUACAUUGAAUGGUUGUCGUACUGGUGAUUGUAAAAUGACAGGUGGAUAUCGUUUACCAGCAAAAUAUAUAAUACAUUGUGUUGGCCCAAUUGGAGAAAAGCCCGACCUGUUGGCUAGUUGUUAUCAACGAGCAUUAGAUUCAUUACGAGAUAAUCAACUACGUUCGAUUGCAUUUCCAUGCAUAUCGACUGGAAUAUUUGGUUAUCCAAAUGAAAAUGCAGCUCAUAUUGCAUUGAAUACCAUACGACAUUGGUUUGAAAAUUCAACAACAAAUAUUCAAUCAAUUGAUCGAAUAAUUUUCUGUUUAUUUCUUGACAAAGAUAUUGAAAUUUAUAAUCGUUUAAUACGAGAAUAUUUUCCACCAACUCAAUGAAUUUUUUUGUUAAUUAUCAUUGAUAAAUGAUUUUUUUGCUCGUUUUGAUUUUAUUAAAAAAAUUUUUCAUUCGAAUCAGUCAUGCGUCGUAACCAUUUUUGAGGUUGUUGAUCAACAACAACAACAACAGGAAAAUCGAAUCUUUUUUUUACGGAUUAUGAUGAUGUUAAGCAGCUUGUUGCUGUUUAGCCGCAUCUUUUCGUUUCUGCAAACAUCAUCAAUAUUUUUUUUUGAUAUAUUUUCAAUGUUUAUGUUUAAUAAAUUUUCAAUUCAACUCGAUC